AUGGACGAGUUCAGCAGAGAUCCCUGUCCGUUUCGUAUCGUCAGUGAUUGUGGAGCUGCAUUUGCUAUGGGUACUAUCGGUGGUAGUGUUUUACAUUUUUACAGAGGUUAUCGUAACGCCCCUUCGGGUUAUACAAAAAAACUAGUAAGCGCAAUGGUUAACAGUCGUCAACGUGCACCAAUCACGGGUGGGGGGUUCGCUAUAUGGGGUGGAGUGUUUACAGCUGUCGAUUGCUCUUUAGUUCUUGCUCGUCAGAAAGAGGAUCCGUGGAACUCGAUCACUAGUGGAGCUAUAACCGGAGCCGCUUUGGCUGUUCGUCAUGGUCCAACAGCUAUGGUCGGUCAAGCAUUUGUUGGUGGUGUUAUAUUGGCAAUUAUCGAGGGGCUUGGAAUCAUGAUAAAUAGAUUCGCUCCUAUGCUAAUGCAAGCUCCGCCAGACGCUGUAUCAAAUCCACAAAACGAUCAGUCAUCAAGUCCAGGAAGCUCGUCUGGUAGUGGUGGGAGUGGGUUUUACGACUUUUUUGGUUCCACACAUUCAUCUUCAGAGGGAACUGCUGCAGAAUCUGCUAGUACAGUAUCACCGAAAUCUGGAUUUAUAUUUCAAUAGGUCUACCACUUUGUUGUAUAAUUCAAUAGUGGACUUUGUUUACUGUCUUCCAUUCAUGCUUGUGUAUAUAAAAAUAAACACGUUAGUGCAUUAUUCAAUAAUAGCGACAACAAUAGGGAUCCUCGUAGUUCAUCAGCAUUCCCAUCUAUAUUCAUUCUGCUUUUAUUAGUAAUGUUUUUUGCUUUUUAAUUAUUACUUCAUAUUAGUUAUGUAAAAAGAAAGUUAACUCUUAUGACAGUGUAUACAUUGAUCUACUUCACUGUUGUUUAAAAACAUUUUCAGAGUGUUUAAAUACUUCUAUUGUCAACUUCAUCCUACUUCUGUCAACUUUGC